AUGGCCACAGCUCCAAGCUUCCUAUUUGCACUGCUCGCCGUUUGCACUGCCAUCUCCACGGCUGCGGGCAUGGCUACUGCGCCAACCAACACAACCGGCUUCGUAAGCUGCCUCACCGUCCAUAUUCCUCCGGGGAUCGUCUACACACAAGCGUCGGACUCAUACCCGUCCGUCCUCGACUUCUCCAUCAAGAACCUCCGGUUCGUCACGCCGGCCACCCCGACGCCCCUAGUCAUCAUCAAGGCCACCAACGCCUCCCACGUCCAGGCUGCCGUGCGCUGCGGCGUGGCGCACGGCGUCCGCGUGCGCCCGCGCAGUGGCGGCCAUGACUACGAGGGCCUGUCCUACCGCUCCAUCGACGCGGCAUGCCCUUUCUCCGUCGUCGACCUGGCCGCGCUGCGCGCGAUCCGCGUCGACGUCAAGAGGAAGUCGGCGUGGGUAGACUCGGGAGCCACGCUAGGCGAGCUUUACUACGGCAUCGCCAACAAGAGCGCGCGCCUCGGGUUCCCCGGCGGUAUCGGCCCGACGGUCGGCGUCGGCGGUCAUUUCAGCGGCGGCGGCUUCGGUCUGAUGAUGCGGAAGCACGGCCUCGCCGCCGAUCAUGUCGUCGACGCCGUCGUGGUGGACGCCGAGGGGAGGCUUCUGGACAGGGCCGGCAUGGGGGAGGACCACUUCUGGGCCAUCCGAGGCGGCGGGGGUGGGAGCUUCGGCAUCGUGAUGUCCUGGAAGCUCCAGCUCGUGCGCGUGCCGGCAACCGUCACGGUGUUCACCGUCCACCGGCCACGAAACCGAUCUGCCAGCGAUCUCCUCACCAAGUGGCAACACGUAGCACCGGCUCUGCCCCGCGACGUCAUCCUCCGAGUGGUGGUGCAGAACCAGGAGGCGCAGUUCGAGUCCCUGUACCUCGGCAGGCGCACCGGCAUCGUCACGACGAUGGCCAGGAUGUUCCCGGAGCUCGGCGUGACGCGGGAGGACUGCAUAGAGAUGAGCUGGAUCGAGUCCGUCCUCUACUUCGCAUUCUACGGCACGGGGAAGCCGGCGGCGCUGCUCCUGGACAGAGGCACCAAGCCGGACAGGUACUUCAAGGCCAAGUCCGACUUCGUGCACCAGCCCAUUCCCAGGCACGCGUGGGAGAGCACGUGGAGCUGGUUCCUCAAGGACGGGGCAGGGCUGCUCAUCCUCGACCCCUAUGGCGGCCAGAUGGGCGGCGUCGCGCCGUCGGCCACGCCCUUCCCGCACCGGCGAGCUCUCUACAACCUCCAGUACUACGGGUUCUGGUGGGACAACGGGACGGAGGCGUCGGAGCAGCACAUGGGCUGGAUCAGGGAUCUGCAUCAGGAGAUGGAGCCGUACGUGUCCAAGAACCCCAGAGGCGCCUACGUCAACUACAGGGACCUUGACCUCGGUGUAAACGACGACUACUGCAGCAGCGGCGCCGAUAACGGCUACGUGAAGGCUAGAGCUUGGGGCGAGCCAUACUUCAACGCUAACUUCGAGAGGCUCACCGCCGUGAAAGCCAUGGUGGAUCCCCGUGACUUCUUCAGGAAUGAGCAGAGCAUUCCUCCUCUUCGAUGA